AUGUCAGGAAACGAUUCAUAUGGCACGUCGUGGGCUGAUCAAUGGGAUCACAAUCCAGAUCCCAUGCCCGCUUCUGCUAAUUAUAACAAGAAAACCGGUACCGGUAGCGGAGGGAUGACCGGAAAGUAUGGGAAGAAGAUGGGGGAAGGAUUUGGUAAGACCAAAGAGGUGGCUGCGACUGGUGCUAAGAAGGUCAAACAGGGGACUUCGGAUAAGUUAGCAUGUUUUUCAAUUGACUUUAGUCAUGAUCACGUGGAUCCAUGCCUUGCUUGGGAAUUAAGACUUGUGAAUUGGAAGAGAGGGCUAGGGGUUAUGAGGAAUAUUGUUAAAAGAAAAAUUGCACUGGAAAAAAUCAAUAUUCCUCUUGAGGAGAUUCUUCAUUCAGGAGAUCCACAGGCAGGUCAUGUAUUACCUUAUGUCGUGGACAGUGAAUUCAAUGUCGCUGGCCUCCGGGAGAGAAUUAAAAGAGCUAAUUUCCCAGUAUGUGACGGGUACUUUCCAUGGCUAAAAACAGUCCCACUAAAGGUAUCGGAUUUUGUUUGGAGAGCCAAACAAAAUAAAAUUCCCUCAGCUGGAGCACUUCGAAACAAGGGGGGGGGGGGGGUGGCAAUGGCAUCAACUCUUUGUGGCUCUUGUCAAAGAUCGGAAGAAACUGGAGGUCAUUUUCUUGUAGAAUGGCCAGUUGCAAAGGAAGUAUUAUCUGCAAUUCUUCAUUGGUGCAAUAUCCCUGUAAUUGAUUUCUAA